CCUCCCUCUCUCUCUCUCUCUCACUCUCUCUUCCCGUCACUUCCCGCUGAGCCUCUCACCUGGGCACACUCCCGCCACUCCCUCCCGCCACUCCUCCCGUCAACUUCACAGAUGGCAGACGAGGGGCAGGAAGGCGAGGGCUGAAGCAGACGGGUCAUGGACGGGAAUACAACAUGUGACCCAGGCAUCAACACAACACUCUGCCAAGAUGACACAGCGGCGGGCGAGAACGCGACAAGGACGGGCGUGUGGGCGGGCGGCAGCGGCGGCGGCGGCGGCGGCGGCGGCGGCGGCGGCUUGGGGGCUGGCGGGAGCGGCGUGGGGCGUGCAGGGUCGGGACAGGACUGGCUGCUGGUGAGACAGGAGCUCCAAUGGGCGUUUCCUGUUCACAUCUAUCUGUUCGCCUGUCUGUUCUUCAUGCUCGCGUUCUACACGUUCUUCUCCAUCCUGAACUUGAGGUCGCAGAUCUCUAACCGUCCAUUCAUGUCCACCAUCAACGUGUUUCUGUGUGUGCUGGGGGUCACGCGCGCCGCCUGCUUCCUCAUUGACCCCUACACCUCCGGCCAGGUCAGGUCAGGUCAGGUGAUGCCCAGCUUUCUCGGUUCCUUGAUGUGGGAUGUCGGUUACCCUUGCAUCCUGUCAGCCUUUAGCCUCAUCCAGCUGGCCUUCUCUCAGCUCACACAGGUAAAGUUUCGGCCGGAGACGCUGCGGCGGAAGUCAGCGCUGAGUUUGGUGAUCACCACACACUUCGCCCUGGUGCUCGGCUCAGACAUUGUCACCGCCUUUGAAAGCCACUUGCAGAUGGUGCGGUGGGUGGUGCAGACAGUGUUCCUGAGCUGGGGCCUCGUGCUGUGUAUCACCUUCCUGUACGGCGGCGCUAGGAUCCUUCGUCUGCUGAGAACCAUCCCCCACUCCGCCUUCCAGGGCAGCGAAGCCACCGCCAGCAACAGCAAGGGUAUCCUCCAGCUGGCCCUCCUCGCGCAGUGCAACAACAUCGCCUCCUCUGUGCUGACUGCGGCCGCCCCCUCGCUCCUGACGCCCAAGAUCAAGAUUACUGAUGAGCACGAUCAUACCUUCUCCUACGUGUCUGACUCCCGCCACGCCUCUAGUGACUUAGGCAAAGAUUCUGCCCCCACCUCCCGCCGCACCUCUCUCCGCUCCUCCAUCAGUGGGGAGUGUGGGGGGGGCACCUCCGUCCCCUCCACCUCAGGCCUCCGGAACCACGACACAGGCGCGUCGGACAUCGAGGAGGAGAACGAGGACCAGGACUCCCUGGUGUCGCCCACGCUGUCCAGGAAGAGCGUGGGAGGCGGGGAGCGGGCGUGCACCUCCCCUAAGCAGCCGUCGCCGCCACGCAGCCCCAAGUCGCGGAAGAAUAGCACGAAGAGCCGCGCCAACUCGCGGGGCUGCGAGGGCGAGCGUUGCGGUGAUAUCAUCAUCAAGGUGGAGGAUGUGGAGGGCUGCGAGGAGCCGUGCGACGCGAUCAGCCGUGGGGUGGGGCGGGCGUGCCCAGACGGGGAACAUGGCUGCGGGGAGGAGCCGGAGAGGAGAGAAGAGGUGAAGGCGCAGGUGCAGGGGACACAGAGACGCAAGGAGGGGCGGGAAGGGGGUGUGCACCGAGCGGCCUCUCUCAAGUCGGUGGGAUCACCGGUGCGCAGCGCGGCGCUCGAGGCAAGGCGUGGCGGCUCCUCACGGCGCAGCAGUGCCUCCGAGACCACCCACACCAGUGACUGUGAGUUGCCGCGCAGCCCUGUGGACGGCGAGCGCCGCGCGGCGCUGCUUGCCGCCGGGGAGGCGCCACCUAAAAGAAAAAAGAGCCUCACGUGGUCUGAGGACACGCCCACACCGGACGCCUCGGACAGGGAGAGCCGCGGGGUGCCGCCCGAGCUGGAGGAGACAGAGCCCUUGGCCCGUGACAGCCGCCGCCGCGCCAGCAGUUCCAGCCGCCGCAGCAGCCGCAGCAGCAGCGAGAAGAAGAAGCUGCGGCACACGCGCUCCUGCGAGCUGGGGGACUCUGCGGCGCGGCGGCGAGGCAGCGGCAUGUCCAACACCUCCAGCCGCGGCAGCGAUCACGUGACGGGCUUCCCGGGUCCCGGCCCCAGUCUGGGCAGGGCGGGGGCCUCUUCGCCCUCCAGUGUGCGGCGCGGCAGUCGGCGCAGCGUCAAGGACGAGGUGGAGGUGGAGACGCUGCUGUCCCGCUCCCCCAACGGCCGCCACGACGUGACGCUCUCCUCCAUCCUCAACCACAUCGCCUACGUGAACCAGGCGGCCGCCGCGCCGCGUCUGCCCGCCUCAUUCAAGGACUCCAGGAAGGCUCAGGUGCAACAGGUACUGCUGGUGACCUACGUGACAGCUGUACUCGGCACUGUCCUGUCCCUGGCUCUGGUAUACGGUCUGUACCGCCACUUCAUCUCCCUGCCUCAGCUGCCUCGCCCAGCCUGGCUUUGGUUCUUCUACGAGUCAAGUUGUCGCUUUCUCGAAUUCCUAAUGGGGUGUGCAAUGGCUAAUAUCACUCGCCAGCCCGUGAACAGGCAUCCUCAGUACCCGUACUCCCUCCGUAUCAAGCAGAGGAACUCCAUCUAUAUGUGAGGGUGUGCACGGGUGUGGAGGCGACGUCCGUUUUCUAGAGUUACCCGUGAAAGUGUCAGUGGAGCGACUCCGUUUUCUGUAUAUAGCGUGUUUGUGUACAGUCUUGUCUCGCGCUGGGAGGACUCCGGGAAGACUUCUGACGGUGUUGAUGUUAGGAUGUGAACCUGGUGGUACUGGAGAGAGGAGAAGAGAGAAAGAGAGAGGUGGCACGUGCGUACACACACACACACACACACACACACACACACACACACACACACACACCUACGUACAUACAAACACACACAAAGUACGUGCAUGAGGUGGAGGUGAAUGUGGAGAAGGAAAAUGAGGAUAAGAAUGGUGAUAUGAAGGAAGAAGAAGAAAAAGAACAAGAACAAGAACAACAGCAGCAGCAACAACAACAACAACAACAACAACAAGUACAACAAAACAAUCAGGAGGAUUUAAAAGAAAAUCAAUAAAUAACAGGUUAAUUUUUUAAGGAAAACGAAGAAAAGAUGUAUCAAUACUUGCGUGAGUGCGUGCGUGUGCAUCUCUCUCUCUCUCUUUCUCUCUCUCUCUCUCUCUCUCUCUCUCUCUCUCUCUCUCUCUCUCUCUCUCUCUCUCUCUCGUCUACUCCGGUGUUUUGAUGUUAACCUGCAAGUCUCUUUCUUUCUCAUCUCCAGCUUAUGUAAAGAAUAUUUUCAAUCAAUUCAUUUUGUAUCAUACCUGACGAUUAUUUCAUCUGUACUCGGUGUGUAGGGGGGCGGGGGGGACGUGAGGGGGGGAGGGGGGAGGGAGGGAAAGAGAGGAAGGGAAGGGUACAUGGGAGGGAAUAAAGAGGGGAAGAAAAUAAUGGAAGAUGUUCAAUGUGAUAAUGUGCGUUGGAUAAAUCUGUGAUGCCUACGUGAAUCUCUCUCUCUCUCUCUCUCUCUCUCUCUCUCUCUCUCUCUCUCUCUCUCUCUCUCUCUCUCUCUCUGUAAAUAUACAACAAAAAAUCCACUCAAUGUAUUUUUGUAGUUCUGUGUUUGUACAUACACGUGUGUGCCUGGAUGUUACCUUGUGUGUACGUACGUACGUAAGUGUGUAUGUAUGCAUGUAUGUAUACACGUGUACAAGUAGAUCUGUGUGCGUGUGUGUGUGUAGAUAUGUGUACGUGAGCGUGACGUACGUGAAGUGAGCGUUGUACGUUAUCAAUAAAACCAAAGAAAAUU